AACUAAGUUAGUCCCGUGAUAGGAUCCAACAUGGUCAGAGAUGCGGCGACGCCUCACGGUGAUGUUCACGGCGUCGCGGCUGCGGCACCUGCAGCCCUUCAUGACCCUUAAGAGCAAGCAGCUCAUGCAGAGGAUACAAAAUGACAUGGACACCAAUGGUCGAGUCGACCUCAAAUUGAUGUAUACGGACUUCUCGACGGACGUGAUCGGUACCACGUCUUUUGGUGUGGAGAGCGAGGCGACGCUGUCGGGGCGGAGCGCGCUGCGCACCGUCACCAAGGAGUUCAUGAAGUAUAGCGCGCUCCGCGGUUUCGCCUGGGCUUGUAUAUUCUUCUUCCCAGAAAUGGUGGACGUCUUUGGAUUUUCUUUCUUCCCAAAGAGUACAGUGACAUACUUCAGGAAGGUGUACUACAAAAUAAUCGCAGAGCGCGGCGGGUACUACGGUGACACCUCUGAGAAUGACCUCAUAAAUGUUCUGCGCAAAAUCAAACAGGAUUAUGAAAAGGAAAAUAAAGAUAUUUCAGAAGACACACUGAUCGCGCAGGCGGCGAUAUUCCUGCAAGGCGGCUACGACACGGUCGCCUCCACGCUCUCCUUCUGUACUUACGAACUGGCUUUCCUUCCACAGCUACAAGAGAAACUUUAUAAAGAAGUGUGUGAAGUUAAGAAGAGAAACGGGAACAAAGAUCUCGAUCCAAGCGCCCUCAAUGAAUUAACACUUAUGCAGUGUGUUAUGAAAGAAACGUUUAGAAAAUACAUGUCUAUGGGGUGGCUGGACCGCGUGGCGGCCGCCGACUACCGCAUCGACGACAAGUUGACGAUCUCCGCCGGCACCCCGCUCUACGUCAACGCUCUCGGCCUGCAUUACGACCCUGACAUAUUCCCCGAGCCAAUGCAGUUCAAUCCUGAUAGAUUUCUGCCAGAAAACGAGAAGAAAAUACCGCCUUUUAGUUAUAUACCUUUCGGGGAAGGACCAAGAAUGUGUAUAGGUCGUCGCUUCGGAGAGCAGACUUUCUUGACUGCGCUGUGUCACCUCGUUGUCCGCUACAGCUGGCGGCCGCCGCCCGCCGCCGCGCUGCCCGCACACAUCCAUAUUGAAGAGAAAGGGAUCUUCGUGUCGCCCGGAGAGAAAUUAUACACAAUAUUUGAGUCUAGGACUUAAACCAUUAUUUUGAUAUAAAACAGUCUCCCGUAGUUAAAAAAUAAGAAAUAGAAAGUACUUAAAAUCAGUUGAUUUUAAUUUACACAAGCAGCGAAAUAACACGUAUGCAAUAAACGUUCAUUACCACAGAAAUAUUGGAAUUUGCGUUUCGACGAACUACACCUUUAAAAUCAAACGGCAGUUCUCAGAAUUUGUCACCGUGAAAGCUUACCUUUACAGUGUGGCUUUACCUUGCAUUUGUACAAAAUAUCGCAAAAUACGAUCCCAUUUAUGCAUCAAAGGGUUCUGUGAAACGCAAAAGUGUUUUUCUUUCAAUGUUUUUGAAAUAGACUACUAAAAUACAAAUAUUUAUUAUAAAUAAU